AUGCCACCACAACGCAACGCGCAAUCAACCUACAACGAAGAGGAGGAGGCAAUAGUUGCACGUAUACUUGAGUUAGACGCGCGAGGGAUAGGCGCUACAAGGGCUAUGGUACAAGAAAUGGCUAAUGAUCUCCUUGCUGCACGCGGUGAAGGACCUGUUGGCAAGAACUAG